UCAAAUUUGUUUUUGUUAUCUCCGGCUACAAUAAAUAAAUGGACGUGUGGUUUACAGUUUACAUAAAGUCCAAUGUAGUUCCUUGAUGGCCGUCGGGGUAUCGGCUUGAGGGGGAAUGUGACUAUAACCGAAGACAAUUCACUUGGGAGGUAAUACAGUCAGUUGGGUGAACAAAAGGACUUGAGUUUCUGACAUUUUUUUCACAAUCACACCAUGAGUAGUUAAUCAUGAAACAAACACCACGCCCUUCUUCUGAGAACCCAGCUGGCUGUAUGGACGGGGACAGUAUAUUCAAAGAGAGCCAUGAUUCCGUGAAACAGAGUAUGUUACAGUCCCGGAUGUAUCUCUGGAAGGAGAUCCUCGCCCUGAGCUCGUCUACUUUAUUGUCCAGAGACUGGACAUUAACGAGUAAUAUACUCGGAAGGACCACCCUGAGUCAAACUAGAAGUAUACCACUCCGAAUACCUUUUCUCCACCGGUGGCAUCUUGGAGCAGCCCCUGGGAUAAGUUCAUUUGCCCUGGGGGGUACGAACAAAGGAUCCAAUUGGGGAAAGUGGUAUUCCUGGUCAUAAUGCUGCCUCUCCCAGGUGGGUUGGCAUGGCCCAGUGAUGAACAGCGCGGCAGUGCCCGGCAGCCCGGAGUUCUCCUCCUGCCCGCUGCCCGACUGGCGAGAGUUCUGCGAGCUCCAUGCCCGUACCUCCGCCGCCGACUUUGCCCACAAGUUCCGCCGCUUCCUGACGGAGAACCCGUGCUACGACGCCCCGGGUGCCGACAGCAGCUUCUCGCAGCACUUCGCCAGACACUUCCUGGAGUGUUUCUCUGCUGCUGUCACCCAGGCCAGGGACCACCAGGCCUCGCUCUUGCCAGGGGACGACGGCUCCAACGCUCCCCCCAAGUACAGCAUUGUUCCCUUCCUGGGCAUCCAGGGCUGCCCUUUGCCCUACGGACACAACGACCUCUAUCAGCGGCGCAAGGACGCCUCCAGCGAGUCCCUGGACAGUAUGGACAGUGGAGGUUUAGGACUAGAAGGGAUAGGAGGAGGUAGUUCCUCCUCUAUGGCCACCUCCCGCACCCCCCAGCCUGCCCACAAGCCCUCUGCUCUGGGCCAGUCACGCAGCUCAGAGGACGUGUCAGUGGGACACCCCAAGGCCCGCUUCAAGAAGGGAUUCUCUCUGAGGAACAUGAGUCUGUGUGUGGUGGACGGGGUGAAGGAGAUCUGGCACCGCCACGCCUCCCCUGAACCAGACCCUGUGGUGGGGUCCGGAGGGGUCAGACGGGUCAAUGGAGGAGGGGAGCCAGGGGGGGAGAGAUGGUCCCAGAGACUGCGUCUUCCCAGGGGGUCUCAGGGGCACACGGCUGAGCUGCUGGAGAUCCAGAGAGAGGGGGCUCUGCGUUACAUGGUGGCUGAUGAUACUAACUGUAUAGGGGUGCCUCAGUGGCAGAAGUGUAGGUUGCUGCUGAGGAAGACCAGGAGGGACGAAGGGGGUGACAAGUUCCUGUUGGAGUUCUAUGUGCCACCCAAGUCAUCAAAGCCCAAGGUGAGCAUCCCUCUGUCUGCCAUUGUGGAGGUGAGGACCACCAUGCCCCUGGAGAUGCCUGACAGAGACAACACCUUCGUCCUGAAGGUAAGGGUGGAAAAUGGAGGUGAAUAUAUCCUGGAGACCAUCGACUCGCUGCAGAAAAACUCCUGGGUGUCUGACAUCCAGGACUGUAUGGACCCUGGGGACAGUGGAGAUGACAUUGAGCUGGCGUCAUGUCCCCACGGCCAGGCGUCUAAAGAGUUCUCCAUGGUGGCCUCCUGCAGCUGUGAGCUUCUGUCAGAGGGUGUUCAUCGCACCCCUGAGAGAUCCUGCGGCUCCGCAGCAGAACUGUAUAGCGCCCCCUCUGUCCGCUGUAGAGAACUACCCUUCACCCAGCACCCUUCCCAUGUCCCCCUGGAGCGCUUCCUCCAGUCCCCAGAGGCCCAGGGGAAAAGCCCCACCACAGGGGUUCUAGGUGACGGGGCGACUGAGACGGAGGCAGAACCCAGCCUGGCGGAGUACCCAUGGUUCCACGGGACAUUGUCACGCGUGCGUGCUGCCCAACUGGUGCUGGCGGGCGGAGCUAGGAGCCACGGGCUGUUUGUGAUUCGCCAAAGCGAGACGCGCCCGGGAGAGUACGUCCUCACCUUUAACUUCCAGGGCAAAGCUAAGCACCUGCGUCUGUCGCUGAAUGGUAACGGUCAGUGUCAUGUUCAUCAUCUGUGGUUCCACACCGUGUCAGAUAUGCUCAGGCACUUCCAUGCCCACCCCAUCCCUCUGGAGUCGGGGGGCUCCGCUGACAUCACACUGCGUUCCUACGUACAAGUACAGGGUACCCCCACAGGUACGCCCAACACACACACCUUCACAGACAGAUAUCCCGUCUCUCUCUACUGCUCUCACACAGAUGUGACCGUGCCUCAGCUCCCCACCCCACCCAGGGACCAAGGCUGCUGGACUGACCCAACCCUUCACCUCCCUGGGUUCUCGUUGCCGGCAGGGCCCCCCUCCGACACCCCGAUAUCAUCCAGCUCCUCAUCCUCGCCCAUCGCCUUUCCUUCCCACUCCCGUGGUGAGCCAGGCAGCGGAGGAGGAGGAGGAGGAGGAGGCGAGGGGCUGGUUAGCAGGAGCAACAGCUCAGAACGUCUGUUAGAUCCCUCUAGUGGUGCCUCUGAGGACUACCAAGAGACAGAUGGAACACGCAGGGCCAGAGCUGUGGAGAACCAGUACUCCUUCUACUGAGACUGGGCGCAACCAAACCGGGAGCUCUCAUUGGCUGAGACACAGGACGUACAGGGAUUUGGACUAAAUAUGUGAAAUGUCAUGGAUGGACAUGGAUCACUCAUUAUCUUGUUUAUUUGCUUGUUUGUGUUCCAAGAGAUGUCCUGUUUCUCCAAGGUGUGUCUGUGUCCAGUUCACCCCUGGCUCUGUGGCCACACUCAUCAGCUGACAUUAAGGAUAUGAAGAAACAGAUGAUUUAGUCAUGAGAGAGAGAGAGGGAGGGAUGAAUGGAGACAGCGGGAGGGAUGGGAUGGAUGAGGAGAGAGAUGGAUGGAUGGAGGAGGAGAGAGGGGGAGAGAGUGAUGUAUCGAGAGGGAGAGGGUUGGGAUGGAGAGGGAGAGAGAUGGGAUGGAGGGAGAGAGAUGGAGAGAUGGGAUGGAGAGAGAGAGUGAUGAGAGGGAUGGAUGGAGAAGGAGAGAGACAGGGAUGGAGACAGGGAUGGAUGGAGAGAGACAGGGAUGGAUGGAGAGAGACAGGGAUGGUGGAGAGAGAGAGAGAGAGGAAGUGGCCCAGUGGAGGUUUUGAUUCACUUCACCAGACCACUUCCUGUCUGCCCUACCCACAAUUCCCUAGGAACAAAGCCUCUGUCCCCGCCCUGCUAAGUAACCAGAGCUGAAGCUACCCUACCUAAAUGGUUUUCCUCCCCAGGCCCUCUUGAGCAUAUCCCUAAUGUUUGUGAAGCUGCUUCUCGUCUGUCCCGGAUAUCCUCACUGUCCCCAAGGGGAGUUACAAGUUCAACAAGCUUUCUUUUCCUAUAGCUUUGCCAAAAUGAAUGGUAACAUCAGUAAUAGUAAUGGGUGUGUUAGUGUUAUUUGAGAUGUUCUCAGUGUACAGGCAAAAGGUCCUAGUGCUUGUCAGUUACACAGCGCUUUGAUCAUAUGAUGUGAUCAUUGGCAGUGAUGACCUCAGGUCAAGGUGAUAAAUUAUGCAGGGUUGGGGUCAUUUCGAUUCUAGUAAAUUCAGAAAGUUAAUCAAAUUCCAAUUCCACAUUGUCCUCUUGAAAAGCAAUAAAGAGAAUUUGGAAUCUCAGUGUACUUCCUGAAUUGACUGGAAUUCCAAUGGAAUUGACCCCAACCCUGAAAACAUGAGCCACAUCUCCACCUACCGGAACACAGCUCAGCAUUCCAGCUCACAUCUCCACCUACCGGAACACAGCUCAGCAUUCCAGCUCACAUCUCCACCUACCGGAACACAGCUCAGCAUUCCAGCUCACAUCUCCACCUACCGGAACACAGCUCAGCAUUCCAGCUCACAUCUCCACCUACCGGAACACAGCUCAGCAUUCCAGCUCACAUCUCCACCUACCGGAACACAGCUCAGCAUUCCAGCUCACAUCUCCACCUACCGGAACACAGCUCG